UGUGGAACUAGAUCACGAGCUUCUGUUCAUUCCAAGGUCCAACCGACAAAUCUUUCCGCCGAGGUCCCAAUUUCUGCAACGAAAUCAACCUAAAAAUCCACUACACGCUGAGCGAAUUCAAAGAGGUGGAGGUUAGCAUUGAAUUUCUCAAUCUGAGAAGAGCUCGAUCUUCGAGUUUUCUCGGCAAUGGAGGAAGAAAAGAAGUCGCUCAAGGAGGAGACACAGGUUGAAGAAGCGGGACCACCGCCACCAGGCCAGAGCGGUGGCGGUGGAUGGGGUGGGUGGGGUUUUUCUCCGUUGUCUGUUCUAUCGGAUCUUCAGAAGGCCGCCACAGUUGCCGCCGAAGAGAUCUCUCGCAAUGCUGCUGCCGUUGCCAAGUCUGCCGCAACGGGCAUUGCAGAUGUGCAAAAUGUGGUUGAGGACUCAGAGUCUUCUAAUGGGGAGGAGGAAGAGGUCGAAGAAUCUGUGAUUGAAGGGACAAAUGAGGAUGGGAAGGAAAAUCUACGAAAAUCUGCUCUUGAUAAGUUGGAGAAAGCUAGUGACGAUUCAUUCCUUGGCCAGGGUUUGAAGGUUUUUGAUAAUUCGGUGGAGAAUUUUGCUUCAGGAGCAUGGCAGGCAAUAGGAAGUGCAUGGAAAGGGGGAUCUAAUUUGGUUCAAAAGCUCGAGCAUUCUGCCGCGCAUUGCACAGUACGAUUCGGAAAACAAGAAUCCGAUUUUACAUGGGAGCACAUUGUAUUGAAGAUCCAUGUGACAUUUGAUCGUUUGCUUUAUUAUGGAGGCCCAGAACAGUGUCAGGAACUUGAGGCAUUGUCCAACCACUAUGCUCUUCUAUAUAAUCGAAGAAAAGCAAAAGUAUCACAUGAGCAGAAGUCCGCUUACGAUGGAAGGCUUAGACAAAUCCAGCACAUUUCAGCUGAGACUGAAAGGCUAUGGACGGUAGAGUGGAACGCAAGACGGGGAAAAAAAACUAGAGAACUAUAUUUGCUGAGUGGAAGGAAGUCCGAGUGACCCGACCAUAAGGAUUGUGCGAGGACAUUAACAUGAUUACGUAUAGUGUUUUCCGACAAGGCAGCUGACUUGGCUGCAGGGUUCACGAAUGCCCUGACAGGCCUAGCUGCGAAUGACAUAAUUCAAAGGACGUUCGAUUCAGUUGAAAAAGCUAAGAUAGUUAGAACAAAGGCACAGUCGAUGACCGUAAAUGUGGAGGCAGUCUCCAACAGUUUUAUUACAGGCAUAUCUGAUGUAGCUGAAGCAUUUCAAGCAGCAAUAAAGGGAGGAGCCACUGCAGAGUCUCAUGAAGUUCUUCCCCAAACCUCAAUCCAAGAAAAAGCCAAAGCUUUUUCUGAACAUCUCUGUGCUGAUCAAAACACAUCAAUGAGCAAAAUCUAGGAUGGCCUCCAAUACCUAUCUUUUGUACUUCUUUCGACCUUUAUGCCUGCUGUAACAACCUGA